UGGACUCGAAGCGGCGGCGAACGCCUCUUGGCGGGAGGCGGCGGCAGCAGGAGCGCGCGCGCGCCACACACUCUCACACCCCCCGGUGCCAAGCCCUUUUAUUUGCAUGGCAAGACCCUCCAGAGUGCUUCACAUACGAGUGCUGAGGGGGUCUCGGCCACCUGCCCUGUGGGCCCACUCUGGGCCGUCCGCAACACAGCCGCAGAGCCCGUGUUCACCGGCACCAUUUUAUCCCUGGCCAGAGGGAGCCUCCGGAGCACCUGGAUGCCGCUGAUCAACUGUCCGGUGGCGUCGAGGAGCAGCAAAGGCCACAGGCCUUUUGUGGAGAAGGCAGGGAAGCGCGCCUCCCGCUUCCACUUUCCCCAGCGACCUCUCGCCAGCUGCCAACAACAGAGAGACCGGCCUACCCGCAAACCCCACUCGCCUAAGUGGAAUGUAAUGUGAUGUCUUCCCAGCUGCUCUGUUUCUGUUUUCAAGAUGUAAUGGUGUGAUGAUAAGAAAAUACUCCAGUAAUCACCUAUAGAGUGAAACUACUGCCUGAAGAAGAAAACAAGCUUGAAACAACAUCUAGACAGUCCCGUAUAUGUGAUCAUUUUUUUAAAAAAACCUGGAGACGUGUAGCGGGAAUUUACCAGGAAAAUGACAGGAAGAAUUCAGCAGUGAAAGAAAAAUGAGAAUCUUCUGAUGAGUAACCCUCUCAGGCUGUGUCUUCAGACAAUAUCCUGUUGUUUGCUUCUGUGGAGUAAUGGUACUUGGUAUUUCUCUGACCAGCAGGCUUUAAGUCAAUAUCAUGACGACCAGUAGCCGUACAUGUGCUGUACCAGGAGUCAAUGGACAUAUGAGUCAUUACCCAACCCCACCUUAUCCGUUGCUUUUUCCUCCUGUCAUUGGUGGACUUUCACUUUCAGCUCUUCAUGGUAUUCAAGGGAACCCGCCAACAAGUGGAUGCAGCACCCCAUCACCAGCAACAAUUGAAACUCAGAGCACCAGUUCUGAGGAACUUGUUCCCAGCCCGCCAUCCCCGCUUCCUCCCCCUCGUGUUUACAAGCCCUGUUUUGUUUGUCAGGACAAAUCUUCUGGAUAUCACUAUGGUGUCAGUGCAUGUGAAGGAUGCAAGGGUUUUUUCCGCAGAAGCAUUCAGAAGAACAUGGUUUAUACAUGUCACCGAGAUAAGAACUGUGUCAUUAAUAAAGUCACGAGAAAUCGCUGCCAGUACUGCAGACUACAGAAGUGCUUUGAAGUGGGGAUGUCCAAAGAAUCAGUCCGAAAUGACAGGAACAAAAAGAAGAAGGAGCCUUUAAAACAGGAGUUUAUGGAAAACUAUGAAAUGACCGCAGAGUUGGAUGAUCUCACAGAGAAAAUCCGAAAAGCUCACCAGGAAACUUUCCCUUCACUCUGCCAGCUAGGCAAAUAUACUACGAACUCUAGCGCAGACCAUAGAGUUCGAUUGGACCUUGGGCUUUGGGAUAAAUUCAGUGAACUUGCUACCAAGUGCAUUAUUAAAAUAGUGGAAUUUGCAAAGCGGUUGCCUGGUUUUACAAGUUUGACCAUUGCAGACCAGAUCACACUACUUAAAGCCGCCUGCUUGGACAUCUUGAUCCUUAGAAUUUGCACAAGAUACACCCCAGAACAAGACACUAUGACAUUUUCUGACGGCCUUACACUGAACCGAACUCAGAUGCACAAUGCUGGAUUUGGUCCCCUGACUGAUCUUGUGUUCACAUUUGCCAACCAACUCCUGCCCUUGGAAAUGGACGACACAGAAACAGGCCUGCUUAGUGCCAUCUGCUUAAUCUGUGGAGACCGCCAGGACCUCGAAGAACCAGCAAAAGUAGAUGAGUUACAAGAACCAUUGUUGGAGGCUCUCAAAAUCUACAUCAGAAAGAGAAGACCCAACAAGCCUCAUAUGUUUCCAAAGAUCUUAAUGAAAAUCACAGAUCUACGUAGUAUCAGUGCAAAAGGUGCUGAACGUGUUAUUACACUGAAAAUGGAAAUCCCUGGAUCCAUGCCACCUCUUAUCCAGGAAAUGUUGGAGAACUCAGAGGGACAUGAACCACUGACACCAAGCUCGACUGGGACCACAGCAGAGCACAGUCCUAGCAUCUCCCCCAACUCAGUGGAUAACAGCAGUGUCAGUCAGUCCCCACUGGUGCAAUAAUAAGACAUUCUCCAGCUACAUUCCUAACACUUUAUGUCCAGGGAUGACAUGCAAGAAAAUAGUUUUUACUGCUGCUUAUUUUCUGGAUUUACACAUACACACAUGCUAAAAUCCAAUAAGGACCAAGAAAUGUUCAUAUGUAUCCGUAUUAUAGAUAAAAACAUACACACACCUUGCAGCUUUGUGAGAAACCACGGACUAUUGACAUACUAAACCAGCUAUUUAAUGAAACAAGAAACUAGUUGAGCUUCAGCUGUUUCUGUUUCUUCUCAUGACCAAGACUGCAAGGUGACAGGACAGCUCUCAAACCAGGUUAAAAUUAUGAUUAUACAAUUUCGGAUGACUUUGUACAUACAACUAUAUGGGCCUGUACUUUCUAUACUGGAUGUUCGGUGCUUUCCUUUUUUCUUGCAUAUGUAAGAUGAUCAAGACAUCAUGUUUAUAAAACGGACUACUUACAUGUCCAGAUAAGAAAGUUCUAAAAGAGACAUUCUAAUUUAGUUAGGAUGAGAACUUCUCAUUGCUCUUUUUUAUGGCCUCAGUUUGUAUUUCUUGCUUUCCCAGUUUAAAAAAAUAAA